AUGAAUGUACACAAAUCUCUCCUAAUUUUCCUUCUGCUCAUCUGUCUGUUUGGACCAGCAGCACCCCAGCUAGCGAUCUAUUAGUCUGUCUGCCAGCACAACAUCGGAGUGGAUGCGUCAUAUGAUAAUUCCAACCAGAACUCUCCUGAGCCAACCAGAACCUGUGCCCCUCAUCCACUCCAGUGCCCUGAUAGGCUGCCUCUGGAAGAACUUUCCAGGGUCUUCCAGGUGGUGUGUGUCUGAUAUUCCCCAGCCUAACAGCCUGAGACAGAGGGUCUGUCUGGGAUACCACCGGCCUUCUGGGUACUCCUCUCCUCUCUGUUACCAUGGCUACCAACAGGGAGCGGCAGGUGGGUCACAUGACAGGGUUUCCACCAGAUGUCUACCCAUUUGCCUUCAACAUGCGGAACCACUCCCCCUUCGACCUGCUGGCCAAUAGCAGACUGUUUGGGAGGUUCAGCACAGACCUCCCUAAAGAAAUGGCUGCACUCUCGGUGGAGACCCAGAGCACCAGCUCUGACGAGAUGGUCCCCAGCUCUCCCUCUCCACCUCCCCCACCACGCAUCUACAAACCCUGCUUCGUGUGCCAGGACAAGUCCUCUGGAUACCAUUACGGAGUCAGCUCAUGUGAGGGCUGCAAGGGUUUCUUCCGACGCAGUAUCCAGAAGAACAUGGUGUACACCUGCCACCGAGACAAGAACUGCCAGAUCAACAAGGUCACCAGGAACCGCUGCCAGUACUGCCGACUGCAGAAGUGCUUUGAGGUCGGCAUGUCCAAGGAAGCGGUGCGUAAUGACAGGAACAAGAAGAAGAAAGACGUGAAGGAGGAGUUGGUGUUGCCAGAGAGUUAUGAGUUGAGUGGAGAACUGGAGGAGCUGGUCAACAAAGUCAGCAAAGCCCACCAAGACACCUUCCCCUCACUGCUGCAGCUGGGCAAAUACCACACCAACUCCAGUGCAGAGCAGCGCGUGCAGCUGGACCUGGGGCUGUGGGAUAAGUUCAGUGAGCUUUCCACCAAGUGCAUCAUCAAGAUCGUGGAGUUUGCCAAGCGCCUCCCCGGCUUCACCACCCUCACCAUCGCUGACCAGAUCACCCUCCUCAAAUCAGCCUGCCUGGAUAUCCUGAUGUUGAGGAUCUGCACCCGCUACACUCCAGAGCAGGACACCAUGACCUUCUCAGACGGGCUGACCCUGAACCGGACCCAGAUGCACAACGCAGGCUUCGGCCCGCUCACAGACCUGGUGUUUGCCUUUGCUGGCCAGCUGCUGCCUCUGGAGAUGGACGACACAGAGACGGGCCUCCUCAGCGCCAUCUCCCUCAUCUCUGGAGACCGUAUGGACCUGGAAGAGCCCCAGAAGGUGGACAAGUUGCAGGAGCCCCUCCUGGAGGCCCUGAAGAUCUACGCACGUCGCAGACGCCCCAACAAACCCCACAUGUUCCCGCGCAUGCUGAUGAAGAUCACUGACCUCAGAGGCAUCAGCACUAAGGGGGCAGAGAGAGCCAUCACUCUGAAGAUGGAGAUCCCAGGCCCCAUGCCUCCUCUGAUCAGGGAGAUGUUAGAGAACCCAGAAGCAUUCGAGGACCAAACAGAGAGCAGUGGAGAGAGCUCCCCACCGCCUGCCCCUCCACCCAUUCCACCAGCCUCCUCCAAGCCCCCCACCACCAUGAAGACUGAGGCUGAGGACGAGGAGGACAGCUGGGGGACAGAGCCUUCCCCAGAGGAGGAAGAUGAGGAUGACUAUGAUGAUGGGGAGGAGGAGGAUCGGGACAGGGGCUCGGACAGCGAGGGGGAAUCCUGGGCUCUGGAGGGUAGCAGCGAAGGGGCUAGGAAGAACCAUGCCGGGAGGGCGCAGUGAGGAGGAGAGAUAUCACAGAUAUGCAGACUCUACACUCAAACACACACACUAACUGACGUAAUCAAACACACACACACAGAACAGGACAGAGCAGGACAGAGCAGAGCAGGACAGGACAGGACAGAACAGCGUAGGACAGGGCAGGACAGAACAGCGUA